UUACUUUUUUUUUUCCCCUCAAAAAAAAAAAAAAAAAAAAAAAAAAACAUUGGCCACACUAUGUGAAGUUUUUUGUGAAGGUUUUUGGUACAAUUGGCCCGAGCCCAAUUCUUUACCCUAAUUUACCCUUUACCCUGAAUCAACUGUAAAAAGUUGUUAAAAUUGCUCCCAUUAUUGCAUUUGUUCCCUUCUCUCUACUUUCGACAUAUGAAAGUUUUAAAACUGUUUCAUCAUUUAAAGAUAGAUUCAAGUCAAGAUUUUGCCGAUUUAGAAGUAUUUAUAUAAAAAGAUUUAAAAAAGAUAAAAUGUUACUUAGGUUCGCUAGGAAGGUUCUCUACAACAGAGCCGUCCUAAAAAGUCUACUGCUUUAAGAUGGCGACUGUCUACUAACGCAUUUAGUGCCAUGCAGUGUUGUUAAUUUUACUUUUAAAAAGUAAUUAAUUACAGUUACAAAUUACUUCUCCCAAAAAGUAAUUGCGUUAGUAACUCAGUUACCUGAAUGUAAGAGUAAUUAGUUACUUGGCAAAGUAACUAGUGAUAUGUUUUUUUCUUUCUCAAAAAAAAAAACACACACACACAGGUCACACAAUGUGAAGCUUAAAGUGUUUGGGGGACAAUUGGCCCUAGCCCAAUUCUUUACCCUCCACUUAACUAGACACAAGGGUAUUGCGAUAACUAGCUAGUAACCUUUGCUAUGUGUGAAAGUCAUUUAAAGUUGUGAAUCAAUCGUUAAAGUUGUUAAAAUUUCUCCCGUUAUUGCAUUAGUUCCCUUCUGUCUACUUUAAACAUGUGUAAGUUUUAAAACGGUUUCAUCAUUUAAAGAUAGAUUUAAGUUAAGAUUUUGCCGACUUAGGAGCAUUUUAGAUUUUAAAAAAUUACUUAGGUUCGCUAGGAAGGAUCUCUACAUCAGGGCCUUCCUGAGAGGUCUACUGCUUUAAGAUGGCGGCUGUUUACAAACGCAUGUAGUCCUUAAAACAUGUUGGCAGUGCAGCAGUGUCUGUCAAAUGCAUCUAGUUCUAUAAUAUGAUAUCUACCGUGUCAUAUGGGCGUAGUUUGUCGGCUAUGGCUGCAGUCAGGUAUUAUUGGAGCCACCUAGCAUCGCGGUUGCAACGGCGUCUUCCCCACUCCUGCUCUGCUCUCGUCCCCUUAUCAAGCAGAAAGACCCGGCGACUACUAGACAAGAGCAAGACAUUCCAUGUGGCUUGUGGGGUUGCCAUCUGCGUCUUCUCUGUUGUUCAUGUUUCUGCCCACCUGGUGAACGUUGUCAACUUCAGUAGUGGCUACUCUGAUGACUUUCCCGCUCUUAACUUUGCUCGCUACAAAGGAGAGGACCCAAAGUUAAUCAUUCUGACCACAGUUCCAGGAAUCACUGGUGUUCUGUUGGUUGUCAUCCUUUUUCUGAUGUUCACAUCUUCCUCUUAUUGUGUACGAAUAUACAACUAUGAGAUAUUUUGGUACACACACAACCUCUUCAUCAUCUUCUAUAUCAUCCUUAUGGUACACAUGGUCGGAGGAGCGCUAAAAUAUCAGACCAACAUAGAGGCCCAUCCCCCAGGAUGCCUGCGAGCCAAUAGCAGCAGUGCAGAGCAACAGGAGGAGGAGCUGGAGCAACGUAAGGAAGAGGGGAUACGAUGCAGGGCAGAGGCUCACUUCCAGCCUCACUGCCCCCAGACAUGGCUGUGGGUGUCUGGUCCUCUGUGUCUCUACUGUGCGGAGCGUCUCUACCGCUACAUCCGGAGCAGUAAUCCAGUUACCAUUGUUACUGUCAUCAGGCAUCCCUGUAAUGUCAUUGAGUUGCGAAUGCUCAAGAAGAACUUUAAAGCUCUCCCAGGGCAGUAUAUUGUUCUCAACUGUCCCGACGUCUCAUCAUUUGAGAACCAUCCUUUCACGCUCACGGCGUGUCCUACAAAGAACAAGGAAACAUUUGGCAUCCAUCUUCGGGUUGUGGGAGACUGGACUCAGCGCUUCACGCAGCUGUUACUUCCUGACAUGAGGAGAGACUUGGAUGUCCUCCCUGUGGUGCAUCAGAGGAGAUACCCCAAGCUUUAUGUUGAUGGUCCGUUUGGAAGUCCUUCAGAGGAAGUUUUCAACUACGACGUCAGCCUUUGUGUCGCGGGAGGGAUAGGGGUCACGCCGUUCGCCUGCGUGCUAAAUGCUCUGCUUGACGAGUGGAAGAGGUUCAGGUUAAAGAGGUUAUACUUUGUGUGGGUCUGCAGGGAGCUCCAGUCCUUCUACUGGUUCGCAGAGCUACUCUGUGCUCUACAUCAUAAGUUAUGGCAUGAAAACAGGCCUGACUACUUUAACUUGAAGCUCUACGUCAGUCAGGCGGACAACCUACAGUGCAUAUCUGAGGAGAAAUACCGUCCGCUUGCGUCACGACUGCAGGUGGGACGACCCAAGUGGAAGUUACUAUUGGAUGACAUCGGAAGGACUAACACGCAUAAGCGAGUGGGAGUUUUCUGCUGUGGACCCAAGGGCAUUUCUAGGACUCUUCACAGACUCUGUAACACAUCUCAGUUCCCUGGAACAACUUUUGAAUUUAACAAGGAGUCCUUCAGAUGAUGGGCCUUCAUUGAGAAGAGAACAAUUGAUUUGUGUUGGAUGAAGACAUGGGAAUUACAUUGGCUCUAUGUAAUAUAGCCAUUCUGAACGAGACUAUCAAAAAAUCCAAACAGAAUUCCCUGCAAUGGGAUCUUUCUCUGAAGUUCACCCCAUCUCACUAUGAACUACUGAGAAUACGCUUCAUUUUGGAUGUUGCUAUUGGAUUUUGCUCUUUAAGUGGAUUAUGGAGGGAUUGACUGGACAUGUGAUGGCCACGAUGACAACUCGAUGAGCGUAUUGGAGAACUGUGUUAAAAAUAUGAAGAAAAAUCGUUCUAUCAUCCCAUGAUGGGAAAUUUAAUUUAAUUAUUAUUAUUCUGUUGUUGUUGUUUUUUUUACAUUUAAUAUGCCUAUCAACACAAUUCUAUUAAACAUAUUUGAUCAGACAGUGGAAGAAAAAUUAUCUUUAUAAAUUCUGUCCGUUUUGUUUCAGCAAAUUUGAACCCUUUCAGGGACAGUGGUCAGUGGUCACUGAAGUGGACAGCUAUUCAAAAAUUGACACUUACCCCUUUAUAGGGGAAGUCUCUAUUUUUUGAUUGUUUCCAAAUUUAGCUUUUGGACAAAUAACUGUUUUUGGCCAUUUUGAAAAAAACUUUGAAUGUAUAUAUAUUUUUAAAUUAUAAAUUAUUAUUGUAUUUCUCCGUAUUUUAUAAAACAUAACUUUAUGAAUCAAUACGAUGUUAAUAAAAGCUAAAGUAAUUAAAUGAAAACGAAUAAAACCAAAUACACACUGGUUACGACUAGGGUUGUGUAUUGUUUGAAUUUGUAAGGUUCUGAUUCCACGUUUAGAUUCCGAUUCCAAAGGAUUCAGAUUCUUUUAAUUGGCAGGGUAAAAAAAAUGCCUAGUUUAUUUAACUUCUUGAUUAUUUUUUAAAUUAUAUGAACUUUCACUUAACUAUGAAUUUCUCAGAGGGCUAUUUCAAACUUGUAUAUAAAUAUCAGUCUUUGAACUUGAAUAUGAUAACUUUAUACUAGAACUUGAUAUGAUGUUUCUUUCCACAAGAGUGCACUUUCACAAAGAUUUCUAUUUUUCAAAAGCUCAUAGAGAAAACAUUUACUCAUAUUCUUUUGCCUAUGUUUUAGAGUGUUUUAUGCUGCAGGCAUUUUUACAUGUUAUUGAUGUUAUUGAUGUCCCACUGCAGAAUAUGAAACAAACAACUAGGCAUGUGCCGGUAUGAUAUUUUCACGGUACGAUAACCGUAAGCAAAAAUACCGCGGUUUCACGGUAUUGCAAUUAUAGCUCCAAAAAUUUUUGAGAUGUAUUGGUUAAAAAAACAAACAAACUUUUUUUCCAUUGAACAGGAAUUUUUCAUAGUUGCAAAUUGGAACAUGAAUAUAUUGUUAAAAUAAAUAAAUUAUCAAUAAAAAAAUAUAUAUAUUUUAAAUAAAAUAUAACUUAUAGACUACACUCACAGCCACAGCUCAAGUUGCUCAAGAUUAGAGCAAGAACAAAAUAAUUUCAAUAAAGUAAAAACACUUCUGAAUAAUUAAAAAAAAAAAAAUUAUACUGCAUGACUUUUUUUUGAGGGCGGAAAAGCUUAAGUGAAGUUUCGCCAUUUUCAGCCACUGCGUCAACUCUAGUCAACAUGAUGUUAUGCCUUUGCAUUCAUCUUUGUAAGCUUUUAGUUGGUUUGUAUAUUGAAUUUGAAAGGAAAAUGUUGUUUUGUUUUUGGCGAACUUUUACCAUGGUGCUAAUCUGUUGAAGCUACUCCCAUGGAAAAAUCUAAUUGUACAUCAUUUUAAAUGUAUUCAUUUUGUAUAUUACAAUUACCACGAUUUGAGAGCUCAAUAAA